GUAUACAAAAGUCUCUACGAAUACAAAGUAUUCUCAGUAUACAUACACACAUAUAUAUGUGUUAUCGAUGACGGAUGAGCAUUAAAGAUAACGCUCUAUCAGAGUUGAGCUGACUGCAAGUUUCAUCAAAUAAAGCACCUGUCUUUACCAUAAUCACUAUUUUUUUUUCCUUUUUUUGGUAGAAUUAAUUUGAAAAGGCUGUAUUAUCUGCUGUCUGAAAUAUAGCAAGCAUUUUCUUGGAAGUAGGAGCUUCAAACUUUGAGAUCUGAAAACCCUCUUUGGAUUUUGGUGAGUAAUCUUACUUCUCAGCUUCUUAUCUUGGUUCUGUGCUGUAGCCCUCUUGUUGUUUGCUUUGUUGCUUGGCAAAAAUUGGAUUUUUAUGGCCUUCUUUUCUCAGAGGUGGAGUCAGCGGUUGAGCUGUAGUUUGAUUAUGUUGAUGUAGGGUAAUAUGUGGAAGCAGCUUCGUGAUUUUGUUUGGUUCUUGUGUAUGAAAUUUACAGCUGAGAAAGAUUGGAUUAUCUGGAGUAAGUUAUAGUAUGAAUUUGUAGUAUUCGCAUUUAUUGUACUUCUUAGCUAAGGUUUGCCCUUCUUUUGGCUUUUCCAUACACCACAAGUGCCUCUGAAGGGAAUAAAAGGGUUGGAGGUUUCUUGGAGGUUUCACCAUAAUUAAAUAUACUCUUCUUUUCUUCAAUAGAGGACUAGGUUUUGGGCUUCAAUAUUCCCCUUCUAGGGUUUUCUUUGUUUGGGAAUAAUUUUGAUUACUGGGGCUUUUUACUGGAAAAUGGACUAUCGUCGGGAAAAUGGGUUUUCUAGUGGAAAUGUGGUGCAAGUUCUUUCUGGGAAUUCUGGAAAUGCUGUGAAUGAAAGCUGGGGUGCUGGUUAUGCCGAUCAGGCGGUUUGGGCGACCGAGGAUGACUAUGGGAUGUGGAAUGCGGAAGCUUCUUUUGACAACAAUUCGAAUUCAAAUUAUGAUGGGAGGGUAUCCCAAUCGCGAUCGGGAAGUGAGCCGCCUAAUAAAAGAUCUAGAAAUUCCCAGUCGGGGGAUUUGGCGGCUUCUAAUCGGUCGAAGGCGAUUGGAAAGAUGUUCUACAAGACCAAAUUAUGUUGCAAAUUCCGGGCCGGAACUUGUCCAUAUAUCACCAACUGUAAUUUUGCACACAGCAUUGAGGAGCUUAGAAAACCACCCCCUAAUUGGCAAGAAAUUGUGGCUGCACAUGAGGAAGAACGAGCAGUAUCGUCUGAACCGAGGGAGGAAUUUCAGAUACCAAUUUUGGGGGUCAGUGACGACACACAGAGGUCUUACAAAGGGCGCCACUGCAAAAAGUUCUAUACUGAUGAAGGCUGCCCAUAUGGGGAGAAUUGCACUUUCCUUCACGACGAGCAGUCAAAAGCCCGAGAAAGUGUAGCAAUAAGUUUGGGCCCUGGCAGUGGUGGCGGAUAUGGGAGCAAUGGAAGUUCAUCAGCCUUGAAGCCUUCAAAUUGGAAAACAAGGAUUUGUAACAAGUGGGAGCUCACUGGGUAUUGUCCCUUUGGCAGCAAGUGUCAUUUUGCUCAUGGAGCUGCAGAACUGCACCGUUAUGGCGGAGGACCAAUGGACUCAGAAGUUAAAGAUUCUUCUACUCCUGAUGCCAAACAAGGGGUACCACCUGCUAAAACUUCGGUCGACAUCAUUGUUGCUUCUGCCACAUCUGUUCCUCACUCUGAUGGUUAUCAUCAUAUUGGAGUUCCCUCCCAGAGGUUGUCCAAUGUGAUACAGAAGACGGGACAGAGAUCUACUCAGAAAUGGAAGGGCCCAGAUAAAAUUAGCAAGAUAUAUGGCGACUGGAUCGACGACCUUGAGUAGGCUUUCUACUAAUGUUGAGAUAAACCCUGCAAGUGGCUUUCCUAACAAACGAUGUUUUUAUCAUAGAAUAAGAAUGUUUCAGUUGUAGAAGAUGGGGUGCAUGCAGCCUAGUGUUGCCCAUUUUUGUUGUUGUAUCAGAAUGUUGCUCUGUAAAAAUAUAAAUCCUUUCUAUUCGAUGUCUGUUGUUCAUGGAUGGAAGGUUUGUUUGCCAGGUAAUGGAUUAUCAUGUACAAUUUCCCUGCUUACAACAUUAUCAGACCAUGUAAGAAAGCUAUUUUAUGGACAUGUAUGUUUGUU